AUGAACGACACCAACAUCGCGCAUUCGUUGUUCCGCAUCGGCAUACCGUUUUGGUUCAUCCAGACUAAGACAGAGAAGACAAAGAUCGAGAAAUGGGCUAGUCCUGUGUUGGUGAGCUAUGAGCUAAGCCUGGAAAUGUCGUGGCCACGCCUGCUCAGGCAUGAGAUGGACCUUGCGGGAAUCUUGCACCGUGCGGGUGAAUGGCCCGCUAGGAUGUUGCAUGAGGCUAUGGCUGCUGUCUGCACUGCCGGCCUGCCUCCGCUCGAAGGCACAUCCGAAGUCUCAACUGCUGAACAACCCCCGCAGAAGAAGCAGAAGGAUGACAAACUCCCAUCCAUGCAACUCCCAACCACACAGCAGAGUGACGGCCGAGCCGAUUUGCAGCCCUCGGGCAGCGCGGAGUCCGCCAAAAAGUCCAAGCGUAUGCACCAUGGCACAUGA